AUGCAAGAAAAACCAAGCACCGUCGCCGCGUAUGCGGCAGGUGCAUCCCUCGCUGCGGUCGCCUUGUUUUACGUCUUCGGGCCCAACUACACCAUUGACGGUGACGAGUCCAAUGACAGCAACCGCAAAAAGAGUAUCGUGGGCCUGUCCAACCCCGCCAAUGACUGCUUUAUCAACUCAGUCCUGCAGGCUCUCGCCGGCCUGGGGGACCUGCGCGUUUAUCUGAUCAGAGAACUUCACCGCCGUGAACUGGACGGCCCCGACGUAUACAAUCUUCUCCCGGACUUAGACGAAAUUCCCCAUGGACAGCGACCGGAUAAGAUCCGAGAGCUGCAGCAAGGGACUAUUACAAGGGCGCUUAAAGAGAUCCUGGACCGGUUAAAUGAGCGUCCCAUAUACAAGAAGACGAUCUCUGCCCGGGCCUUUAUCCAGUCUCUCGAAUAUGCGUACCGGACGCGGAUCAGUCGCAACCAACAAGAUGCACAGGAAUUCUUGCAAAUUGUGGCCGAGCGGCUGAGCGAUGAAUACCAUGCUGGCGUCAAGGCACGUCAGCGGAUAAAAGGCUUGGUUGAGACACCCGUGGGCCGUGGCACGUCCGAACAAGACGACGAAAUUUCAACCGAGAAGAACCAGGCCGACAUUGAGGUGCGCAUUGAUGAUGGAUCGGAGAAUGGCCUUCCGGCCAUCAUUGAUACGAAGCUCAAAGAAAUCGAUAACGAGUACGGCUUUCCAUUUGAGGGCAAGCUGGAGUCCCAAAUCGAAUGCCAAUUUUGCCAUUAUAAGUACAGGCCGAAUCAGACGUCAUUUGUCAACUUGACGCUUCAAGUCCCUCAGAAAAGCUCUACUUCGCUCAGCGCAUGUUUCGACGGGCUACUGAAGACUGAAUACAUCGACGAUUUCAAAUGCGACAAAUGUCGGCUGCAACAUGCGCUCGAAACAAAGUCUCAGGAACUGGCUCGGAGUCACUCAGGAAAAGAUCGGGCGCACCUGGAAACUGAAAUUGAAAAGAUCCAAGCCGCUUUGGCUACCGAUCCGGAGGGCCCUUUAGAGGGAGUUUCAUUGCCACCUGCUGAACUCGCUCCCAAGCGAAAAAUUGCACGGCAUAUGCGUAUCAUUGUUUUCCCGAAAAUAAUUGCAAUCCAUCUCUCCCGGUCAAUAUUUGACCGGAGCAGUUCCACGAAAAAUGCAGCCAAGGUGUCCUUCCCUGAACGUCUUCCUUUAGGGGGUAUCUUGGAUCAAACGUGGUUCAAAUUGCUGGCCAUUGUCUGCCACAAGGGCAGCCACAACAGCGGACACUACGAAUCAUUCCGUCGGAACCACCUCUAUCCCCCUUUCUCAACACCCGGAGCAUUCAGCUCAUAUGCACAGAGUCGAGCGACCAGUGAAAACCCAUCCGAGGCACCAAGCCCUCGUCUAGGGGUUCGCAGUAUCCCGGACGCAGAGCCUUCUGCCCUUAGUAUUUCGGAGCCAGCGUCGUCGCCGUCUCUUUCGUCGCUGUCUUCCGACCCGUCGCGUUCCACUUCGGCAAAGAAGUCCUCCAAGGAAUCAUCUCAGCCGAAUGGGCCUUCGUCACCCGUCCCUCGACCAAGCACCUCGAGCUCCCGCGUUUCAUUCCAAAGCCACCGCUCUAAGUCAAAGCAGAGACUAUCGCCCGAAUCCGCUCCCCAAAGUCCUUCCACCGAUGGUGGUCGCUGGAGCAAAUCAGGCUCGAGGCUUUCGUUUAUGAGUGAGCGAAUGGCUCCAAGCACAUCCGUCGAGGACUCUCCAAGGUCCCCUUCUCGACUCCGCCGCCGCCGCAAAGCAAACGAUCGCUGGUGGCGCAUCUCCGACGAGAAAAUCAAGGAAUGCAAGACAUCUGAUGUGCUCGGUAUGCAGAAGGAAGUCUAUCUCUUAUUCUAUGAGAUGGAGAAGCCCAUCCAUGGCCCGCUGGCCCCUACAGCCAUUUGA